CCCUUGCUCUGCUUGAUUGCUUUACUAUUGCUUUAUGCCUGCUUUGGUCGAGCUGCUCGCGAAUUUGUGUCUGGUUUACGCAAGAAAUAAAUAAAAAUUUAAAAAACGCUGAAAUCCACAAAUCCAACUCUUGUCAGAAGCUCAAUUCGCGAGGCAGGUCCGAUGUCUCAUCAAUACCACAGCGACGAGGGCCAGCAAUACGGGUACAGCAGAAGCGGUCAAUAUGGCCUCUCGCAGCAAUCCUUCCAGUCGUACACACAUCAUCUUCUCCCGCCUUACAAUCAUCAUUCCGCUGAUCCUUCGUCGCUAAAUUCCUCGUACAACUCGUCUCAGUCUGUGUACCCGCAGUCGCCUCCAAGCUCUCUCUCUUCUCCCGCAUAUCAGUAUCCCCAGCAGUACGUGGCUCGGUCGGGAUGCCCCCCUUCAAACCGAUUUUAUUUCCACGAUUCUCUUCGAGAGGUGGAGAUUGAGAGCCAAGAGUCAUUCAAUGAGCACACCAUGCAAUCAGAGCCUGUUUUGCCGCCUCUUGAAGGGUUUCCGGACGUUAGGGAGUUUGAUCAAUUGAUGAAAAGUUAUGUGGACGAUCUAUCCGUGAAAAAGCAGGACAAGGCCUUGAUUCACUCGAGAAGGGCGCGAAAUAUUAGAACUGUGCUAUUAGAUCCCAAAGACACUGCCGUCGAAUCGGCACAAUUUAGAUUCUGGGUGAAGAAGAUGUUUAAACUCGAGCCCAACGAUGCCCGAACACCUGAGUUAAGGCGAAUGAUCUGUCAUGAAGGGAAACCAGUUGCCAUUCGGGAGAAGCUGUUCAAAAUUUUGACACGAGCACACCAGCAAUGUCAACAUGGUGGCCGAGACAAGACAUCAGCGCAGGUCCGGAGGAUAUACUCCUGGGUUCCCAAGGAGCUAAUAUCUCGAUUCGUUAAAAUAUGCCCGACGUGUCAAGUUCGCAGAGGAGGAUCACGUCUAACGCCUCCCAAUUCCUGCCGAAGCUCCCCAAAACUCGACGUUGUGCCCCCACCACCCAUUCUCUCACCUCCAGAUUCUCGACGAGAGUCGAUAAUAAGCCGCUCCAGUGCACCGUACUCACGAGCUGAACUCCCCCAGCCUACCACCGGAUUAAACUGGCCCAGCUCCCAUCAUAACAACGCGCAUGGCGGCCAGUACCACGGACAUUACCCCGUGGCAUCUGCUCCGACUUGGGCUACACUUCCCAGAUCGUUGUCCACGACUAUGCAUAACGGUACUGGGAUACCUGGGUCAAUGAGCAUGGGUUCAAACCACAUGGAAUACGACUCGACGUACGACGAGUCGCACAGUCUACAAGGGCCACAUUACUAAACUGGCAUUGUGCAUCACCCCAGACAGUGCAAAAUAGUGUCUCGAAUAAUAACAAGAACGUGUUCUGAUCGUGGAAGUUUGGAAAAGCAAAGUCAGCGGGAUUUUUUUUUUAAUGGAGCUGGGGCUAGUGGGUAUAUCGUUACGGAUUCAUGGAAAUAAUGGGCGUUUCCAAUUUUCUUCGUUUCUCAUAUUUCUUUUCUCUUUCUCCUUUAAUCAACACUCAAGGGUCGGGUUUAUAUUUCUUUCUUUUCCUGUUUUCGUCUCUUCUUCUUCCUCUUUUUUUAAUUUUUUAAAAUGGCAGCGAACAUGGCUCUCUUUUCUGGACAGAUCUUUGCUAUGUGAGCAUGGGAACUCCUUUUAUCGCCUGCGGAUAUGGGUUUCUUGUGUU